AUGGCGUCAAGCCCAUCAGUCAGCACCAGCUCGAUCCAUUCUCACGCCCCGGACGAGCGAGGACCGCACUUUAGGCUACAAGACUGUCCACCUGACGAGCCUGUUAUAAUCGUACAACCGAACGAGGCCCUUCUGUUGCCAUUAUCACAGCACUCGUUACAUCGAAAGCUUGAAGUUACCGCCCACCAGAGCCUUCAAGACCUUUCGAUAGGGUCCCGAUCCCUUGCAGACGACCUCAUAAUGCUGACGUCAAGUGCAGGCGUCAUCUUUGGACGUAUUCCCAAUGAACUCUCCGACGUGGGGUUUACAAAAUGGCUUGAGUUGUUCAUUGACUACAUUAGCCACAAUGAGCAAGCUUCGUGGUGGCACACUGAUUACUCUGGACCGUGGGCGUGCUAUGUCUUCGUGCCUAUGAAUAAGAGACGCACAAAAUGGAUGUACCCAAACACGAAAAAUGGCAGGUCUCGGCCAUUGACAAUCCUAGGCAUGCUGGAUACGUAUGCAGAAACUAAAUCGUGGCAGUUGAGAUUGCCAGGUUGGGAGCAUGCUGAGGAUAGGGUGGCUGAGAUCCGGGGUAAAUGCUAUGUGCCGGCAUUAAGCAAUCCGAAACAGCGGAAAAGACGACAAGAUACCCAGCAUCGCCCAAAGCAGCUGCCACGGGAAGGCUGGAGGCCGUCGACUGAGAUCAGGUUCGUUUGGGAUCCCGUGGAGCAAAUCAGAGAGUUAAGAUUGAGGGAUCAGGAGUGGACGGAUGAGUUGGUGUUGGAGAGGGUCGAGAUGAGCUUGAUUUGA